AUGAAACUUAAUCCAUCCAGCGACUGGAGCCAGGAUGUAAGAAGCCAUGACAGUGCAACAAGCGGCAGAGAUCAGCCCAUCUCAGGUCCAGGUCGAACUCAUACGCGACACAGAGAAGAGGAGGAUGAAGACCAAGAAGAAAGGUUUGCUGGUGGCAUGACAGCAUCUAGAGAGGAGCGCUCGGGUAUCCCAUCAAGCCUUACUAGCACUCUGGAGAACAUUGUGCAGCAGUUGGACAUCCUGACCCAGACCGUUGCCGUCCUCGAGGAGCGUCUUACUCUGACCGAAGACAAAUUGAGGACAUGCUUGGACAACCAGGUCCUGCUUCUGCAACAGACGCAGCAAGUGGACGAAUCAGACGAGGAAACCGAGGGACCGUCUGUGUGAGGGAUACCCAACCCUGGUGGUCCUCGCAUCAGUGGUAACUUCCUCUGGCCUGCAGGGGGGGGGAGACACGCCAAAGCCCUCUUUUUUUUAAUUUUAGCUUAAAGACAUCCAGCUGUGUCAUUCCGAAUAAGAACUUUGGACUUAACAAUGCAAAAAAAAAAAAGGACACAAGAUGAAAAGGCACAAAGCAGGAUGAGGGAGGGGCUGGAGGGGAUUUGAGGGCUCAUACAGCAUUCUCACCCAAAAGUCAUGGUAAGAGGACAGCUGCAGCUAAGACAACAUCCCGGUCAUGUUUUGACAGCUGCGAGCAAGACAUAUCAGGAAAGAGACUGAUAGAACAGACAAACAUGAACAGAUUUUUACAGUAUCCAGAUUGGGUUGUGUCUGCUGCAUCACAUGUAUUAUGUAAAUAUAGACCACUAUGAAUGAAUUACAGUCUCUGGUGUGAUUAAAUCCCAGGCAGCAUGAAUGGUUUGUGCUUGUGCAUGUAAGGCUGAGUAAGUGUCCUCAGAGACACUUGCAGCCUUGUUUACUCUUUCUCAAUCAGCCGCAGCCUUGUGGCUUUCCUCUGGGUGGAGGUCAGACGGAAGCAGGGAGCCAAUCGACAGAGGGGCCCAGCGGUUCUUUUUUGCUUUUUUUGCGUACCGCAUCUUUCUUUGUUUGGCAGCUCUGCUAAACUCUUCCUGACAGUCUUGCAUAAAAACAAUGCGUCCAAAUG